GGCGAAUUGAACCGUAUCAUUCAAAUAGGAAAGUCUUUCGUAAUCAGUAUGUAUAAGCGCGUGUGCUUUUUUUGACCCAAUAUUAUACAUCUUAUAUCUACGAUAACGAUGUAAUCUGAGGUCAUGUGGGUAUGUAAAUAAUUAAGCUGUGAAUCAAAUUCUCUCUUCCGAAAAAACCAUUCGGUAUCCGUUUAUUUGACGCGACUUGCGUAAUAUCAGUUGAUCAAAAGUUAACACUGAUCUGUUAUUUGCGGAUUGCAUUGUAUCGCGGAGCUGUGAAAGUCAGAUUGAUUUUAUAAAAUUCGUAGACCUCACGUGCGGUUAUUCAAUGUCAACAAUGGUUAGCCCGCGAAAUGACGGUGGCUCCGUUGUCACGGUGCGGACGACGGGACUAACAACUUACAUAGUCAUCGAGAUAGCAGAGGAAUUCCUCGCAAGGAAGUUUGAUUUUGAAAACUUCGUCUCGACGGACUUAAAACACACAAUGAGUGCGAAAGUCAAAGCAAAGACAGUACCACCAAACGAAUUAUUAAACAGUGAGACAUCGACACAACAGGCAAUAUUCACUGUUGGGUUAAUCUUCUGUGCUUCAUUGAUAGCACUCUUCUACGUGUACGCCAGCUUUCCAGAGUUGGCAGAGGAUGAAAAAAAGGAUAUGAAACUUCCGUUUGACAUCGAGGAUGCCAAGAGCCUUGGUAAACUGUUGGACAGAUACAAGGAUCGAUACUAUUUCCAGGUUUUGGCGGGUCUUUUCAUCACCUACAUAUUCCUACAGACAUUUGCUAUUCCUGGAUCAAUAUUUCUUUCAAUUUUAUCUGGAUUCUUGUUUCCAUUUCCAUUGGCGCUGGUACUUGUAUGCACCUGCAGUGCAAUCGGUGCAACGUUGUGCUACCUUCUUUCAUCUAUACUAGGAAGGAAAUUAUUGUACAAAUACUUUCCUGAUAAGGCAAAUGAAUGGGCUGUAACAGUCACCAAACACAAACACAAUCUACUAAGCUACAUGUUAUUCCUUCGAAUGACACCACUGCUACCAAAUUGGUUUAUAAACUUGGCAAGUCCAGUUAUUGGAGUUCCAAUGAUACCAUUUACGAUAGGAACUUUUUUUGGCGUUGCUCCGCCAUCGUUUGUUGCAAUACAAGCAGGUCAGACUUUGCACAAGCUAACUUCAUCAAGGGAUGCCUUUUCCUGGACUAGUAUCAUAGUACUUUGUUUAUUUGCUGUCUUGUCUUUGGUGCCAGUUGUACUGAAGCAAAGAUUUAGACAAAAGUUUGACUGAUUUAAAUAAUAUAGUUAUAUGUGUUUUCAAGUACAUUCCUUUCAAUAUACUGUACUGCGGUUUUUCUCAAGAAAAUUUUUUCACCGCUGUUUGGAUAAAGGUAUAAUUGUUGAUCACCAUCAGUAGUUUUUUUUAUAGACAAUUUAUAAUUUACUGCCAAAUUUUCAGUGCAAACCCUACUUGAACGUAUGGAUUAAUGUUGUAUUUGCUACUCUGAAUCGUAAAUUCUGUAUAUUGGAUUAGUUUGUCUCCUAUCAACUACAUUUUUAAGCAAAUGCCUGUUUGUUACCCAUUUAAAGAAUCUAGUUACCGUGUUGAACUGUACAUCGUAUUCGGUUAUUAUUUAUCGAAUAUGCAGGUUCAAUUUAGAAGAAAUUAUAAAUUAUUUAUUAUUUAUAUAUAUUUUUAAGUUAAAAGAAUAGGUACAAUAAUUACUGACUGAGUCAGCAAUACAACCUUCAAUGGUGUGUCCUGUAUGACGGAAAUGACCGGAAUCUUGGUAGUAAAUUUUUACCAAAUGUAUGAUAAAAUUCGCAAAUAAUUACGUAGUAUAAUUAAAUCGACGUCCUUAUUUAUUUUUACCAGAUUCCAUAGUCAUUACCAAUUUUGUUUAGAAUGAAUAUCCCUUCAUUAUCGCCACGUGAAUUCUUCUUUUUAUUGUUAGUACAUAGUUUGUGUUUGUCUUUUCCAAGAGAUUGAUCUUAUCUUCAAGGUCAUUUUUAUCGUGGUAGAAGUUUCACAAGAGAAAUUAGGUAACAGUAGUUGAUUAACCGCUACGUUUUACCCUUCAUUUAUCUUGUUCUUGUUGUAAAUACAUACAUCAUGAGUAUGAUGAACGAGCGUGUAUGUGGUGAUAGGAUAAUGUAUUGUUCGUAUUUGUUAAUAAAAAUCACAUGAAAAUUGUAAACCAUA